AUGAAGCAUACUAUGGGAAGGGCAUUUCCACUUCUUUACAUGACUCGCUUUUCAGCUAUUUUUGAGGAUACUGGGGCACUUGGCUAUAAAAAUAUUGAAAAAAAUUACCCAUUGAUUAAGCACUUAAGGUCUUUCUUAGACAAUCUUUUGUACGAUGGAAAAUUACUCGCAAAUUCGGAAGAAACCUAUCAAAAGGCGGUAUCUUUGCUUGAAGGGGUAUUUCAUCUGGUCACAGUAAAUCUUCAUCGUCGUCAAAUGUCACAAUGGGUUUUUAUAGUAGAUGAUAUCUUCUCUGACUAUUUGAAAGUACACAAAGACUUCUUUGCGUUAAAGCUUCUAUAUGUGUUUUCUUGCAUGUGUCUAUUUUUGAAUAUGAAAAUAUCAAACGAAAAUAGUAUAUGGAUGGACUAUGUUCUUUGGUUCAGGGACUAUAACAUGAAACCGUUUGGUUAUUGGCAAGAUAAUGAAGAUUCGAGCUUUUUCCAAGUACUCAUUCAAGGUUUUGAAUUUGAUUUGAAGAACUUAGAACAAUUUGAAACUUUCAUGCCCUCGAAACAUGUAUAUGAUAUCCCUGGCAUGUAUAACUUAAACAUUUCAGCAAAUAUUGAACUGCUUUCAUCGGUGGAUGAAGAUUUGAUAUAA